AUGGACUACAGUGAGGCAUAUCGCGGAGGAAGUGUUGUCGCCUACAACAACCUCAACCAAAAGCUCAAGGGCACUGGGCUAUCCCUAUUGUAUGUCGGUUUCGUGGUCGGCCCUUACUUCGUCGUCAAUCUGGCAUGGAUCAUGAACUACUUCCGGCAAUCAUUCACCAGCCCGCUUCCGUGGACCAACCGAGGCGAAGAGUUCUUCAAUCGCGAUGUAGUCGCCAACGUCGACCCUAUUGUAGGGAAUCUUACUGCCGAUGGCAGUGCUGUCGCCAACUACACACAGUAUCCAGGCACUGCUCUGCUGGGUGAGACGGUCGGAUGGACCCUCUUCACCUGGUUUCUGUGCUGGCUGUGCAUCUUCCGUGGUGUCGGUUUGACGGGCAGGGUGGUCUACUUCACCAUGGGCCUUCCGAUUGUUGUCACAAUUAUACUCAUUGGAAGAUCAGUCUCCCUGGAGAACGCGGGUGAAGGUGUCAAACUGUAUUUCGCGACGUGGAGAGGCUCUCAACUUGCCAGUGGACAGGUCUGGCAGACAGCCUGCGGGCAAGUUUUCUUCUCAACUGGUGUUGGAUUUGGCUACUUCACCUCCUAUGCGUCAUACAAUCGUCAGUACUCGAAUGCUGUCAUGGACUCCAUCCUCAUCGUAUGCAGCAACGUUCUGUUCGAGAACAUUGCAGCCUUUGCUGUGUUCGGUGUUGUGGGCUAUCUGGGAAUGUACCCUGAUCCUGAGAACCCUAUUGGAGGGUUCACAGUCGGCUUCCUUACCCUUCCUCUCGCCGUCACGGAGAUGCCUGGCGCCAACUUCUGGGCUGUGGCCUUAUUCUUUACUCUCAUGGUCUUGGGCUUCAGCUCAGCUUUCGCAAUGCUUGACGCCAUUGUGACUCUAGUCAUGGAUACCGGCAUCAAGUUCUCACGCCCGAUUGUCGUGACAGCUCUGACGAUUCUCUCGUUCCUGCUAUCACUCCCCUACUGCACGGAGUUCGGCUACUAUCUUUUGACCGGCAUCGACAAAUGGACAAACGACGUCGCGCUGGUAUUCGUUGUAUUUGCUGAGUGCGUGACUUCCACGAGCGUUUACCGUUGCAAGGAUGUCAUUGGACAAGUUGGCAAGGUGCCGUUUAUCAUCUACAACACGGGAUACAUCUUGGGUAUGGUCCUCGGUGUUGCCCUUGCGCAUGCAGUCAGUCCCGGUGCGGGGGCCGGUGUAGGAUUUGGGCUUUUCUUUGCUGGAUGCAUAGCUUCCGUUCUGAUGAGCAAGACUCCCGAUUCCACCCCCCCUAGGUUUUGGGGCCAGAAUGCUUUCGUGAGCCGCCUAUGGUAUUUGGCCUUCUACUCCGGAAAUCAACUUCGCCGUGAUCUCAACGUCAUUAUUGGAAGUGGCAAGAACUGGAAUAUCCCGACCUUCUGGCCCGUGUUGCUACGCUACGUUUCUGGGCCAAUUCUUGCGAUCGUCUAUGGGUUCUCGUAUCCCGCAUUCUACAAGCUGCGGUACGACCCGCUUCAUAUCCUCGGCUUUGGCGUCGGACAUAUUGCGCUUCUUAUCAUCUUCGGCAGCUUCAUCUUCCCCCGAUGGUAUGACCUGUUUAUUCCUGCGAAGCGCCAGAAUGAGGGUAAACUCGGAUAUGCUCCGAAUGUCACCAUUGGCGCGGAUGAAGCGCAAGCAGCAGCGGCAGGAAACCUUGAAGAGGGACACUCAGAAGGUGCGACGGAGAGGAAGGAGUCUCCUAUAUCACCAGAGAACGAGCUCAUUACCACGGAGGAAAAGAGGGCCACCAACUGA